AUGGCGCUAGCUGCGCAGCAUUUGUGCACCGCCGCCGUCAGUGUCAGCCAGUUUGCCGUGGCAUACGGAGCUCCAUCGCGGUCUUUAACACUGGUAGCAUGCCGCGACAGCGUGGACGUGAACCGUCAGGCGCGCCGGCAGACCGCCGGAUUGGCGAACGGCCGCGCCGCGCCGCUCUCGCGGGUUCGUCGCCCGCGCGAGCCCGCCAGCCCGAGCAGUGGCUCGCCAUGCUGCGCCGGCUCCGCGUCGCCCCGCUGCUUUUCGCAGCCCUCGCCCUCCACCUGGCGGCGCCGCUCCGGGCCCAGGGGCAGGAGGCCGCGGCUGCUGCCGCCCACGACACAGCGGGCGGCGUGCGGUGUUGCAGAGGCGCGCCUCGAGCUGCUGGACAUCCGGCGGCGGCCGCCGACGCGGCUGCUGGGGGCGCGGCUGCGCAUGCCCUGCUCCUGCCAGGACCUCACCUGCGGCUGCUGCGUCGGCAUGCGGAUACAGGCCUUCAGCUUCGACCGGACCGCGUGCAUGAACCUCACGUACGACCCGUACGAGUUCGCGCUGGUGGCCGACGUGCUGAUGGACGGCGACUCUCUCUACCAGCAGACCAUGUCAGCGAAGAACCCGCCGCCGUUGUGCAUGCCGGUGCCGAUCCCGUACGCGCCGUCUAUGGACAUGUGCAUGCGGCUGUGGGACGUGUACACGCCGGGACUGAACCUGCACGCGUGUCUGGACAUGGAGGCGCGCCUGCAGAGGGCGCCCGUGCUGGUGCUGCACUUCGACUGCAUGGUGAUGGGGCGCGACGGCGUCGCGCUCGUCAAGCCGGGCGAGGAGGGGCUGCCGCCCGUCGACGAGCCGACGGCGGGGGGCGGCGGCGACGACAUCUACGACGAGGUGACCGAGGACCGAAAGCAGGCCUCGGCGGCGACCGCGCCGCCGGUCCCGUAGCAGGCGCUGCUGCGGCGCGGGUCCGAGAUCAGGACGACGAGACAACUCGACUGCCGCCGUCCCACACCAGAGCGAUCGUGGAGAGUGCUGACGAUGCUAAAAGAUUGUACAGUCCAGCCACGGAAUCUGAUCAGCAAUAUGCACCUCUCAAAGCUUCACCGCAGUCUACAAAAUUUAUAACCACCGAGCACCAUCAAAUGCCAGUGGUCAGAAAAGGUAUUAUUGGAGCCCUUCACGGUAGUCUCAUCACAAACAUUUAUUCACGAGGUAAACCGAUAAAGUAUAUCUUCUCGCCGUCUGUUGAAGAUAAUGGAAAUGCAACAGGAGGCAUAACAAUUGCAGUAAAUGAUCUAGUGAACAAAAGUGAGGGACUCAUGGCGGCAUUUCUCAGUUACCUCCGUGGAGCUCAAGUUCAUUCUGGACCGCAUGUGCCACCCAAUGGCACAGCAACCAACAUCAUAAAAAAGAAUACGGUUACAAAGACUGUUUUUCAACAUCUCGCACAUGAAGAACACAGCAAUCAGACAGUGACUGCGUCGUCGGAACAUCCCACACUAUUUAAUGGCACGAAAGUGACUGCUAAAUUUGAAGAGAAAACGACUGCUUCAAAAUUUUACGCUCAGUUUGAAGCUCACAACUCAACUGUACAAGAAUAUAAUGACACUGCUCAUGCAAUUAAGUUUCCACCCGUGCAAAAGUUUGUGCUUUUGCCAAACAAUACGUUAGACUACCAAAAGAACAGUGCGGCUUUUGCAAUAUUUUCGCCUAGUGGUAAACCAAAUAAUCCUUUCUCAAUCAUUUUUCCGCUGUUACAUAUAGGAGUAGCUCAAUCUUUAAUGAAUCCAUUGACCCGAAUUAAUUCUCUAAAAGAUGAUACCUCUACUUUACCGUGCUCGCAGAGUUCUCUUGAGACAGGGAAUCGCGUCAAAUGUUUAAAAGAAAAUGGGGGGUCACUUUCGGGCAGAUACAAUAAGACUAACGAAAUAGCACACGGCAACUUGGCGUUUCGCGCACAGCAUGUUAGAGUAAAGCGGUCCUCAGACUUUACGGCCGCCUAUAUUCUGGCAACAAGUGCAGGAGAAUCCUCGCGAGACGUGAAGCUGCAAAGGCCGGAUGGAUCUGGAAUGGAUCAGCAGUCGCAAACAUCCAAGUAUCCUCCGCCUAAUGUCAAUAAGCCAGAUUUUCCGACUGACGAUACUAGAUGGACAUCCGACGACGGCGAAGCCAGCAGGCACCUCCCAGGAACAGAGCUGAUUCCCCGGGAUUUUGGGCUUCAAGCGAGGCAGGCCUGGGGCAGCAUGCUGGGCGUCAUGUGGUGCGCUGCCGGCGUCCUCUUGUCCGGACCCUCGUUCUGGAACGUCAUGGCCUGUCUGCUCCAGGCGGGCCAGGCGUUCAUCGGCUGACAGGGCUCCAGCUCACGGCACAACUACGGCUUUCGUGCGGUGUUCUUCUCUCUGGACUGAAUGAGAGAUGGAAACUGUCAUUCAUUCGAACGUUAACCACUUACUUCACGCAGAUACAU